AUGAAGGACUAUCAGGCCUUCACAUUGGCUCUGGCUCUGGCUCCGGCCCUGGCUCUGGCAUCUGGCUCUGGCAUCUGGCUCCGGCAUCUGGCACUUGGCUCUGGCACUUGGCUCUGGCACUUGGCUCUGGCACUUGGCUCUGGCACUUGGCUCUGGCACUUGGCUCUGGCACUUGGCUCUGGCACUUGGCUCUGGCACUUGGCUCUGGCACUUGGCUCUGGCACUUGGCAUCUAGCAUAUGGUUCCGGAUCUAGCAUUUGGCUCUGCAUCAGGCAUCUCGCUCUGGCAUCUGGCAUCUAG